UUGAGAUAAACCCUUUGCUCUGUUUUACUCUGUUUACCUUCAUGGUAUCAGAGCCCAGCAAGUAGAUCAUGGAACCGAAUCCAGAUCCAGUUUCUGCGACGAAUCUUACCAUCACCCAGUGUGUUACGCUCAAGCUCAAGGAUGACAACUAUCUCAUCUGGAAACUGCAGUUCGAGCAGUUCCUUUCUUCUCAGGCGCUUCUGGGCUACGUCAACGGAGCCAUGCCACGACCUCCUCAAACCGUCACUGUGAGACAAGGAGAACAGACUACCGAAGCAGCAAACCCUGAGUUUCUCCGAUGGUUCAAAAAGAUCAGCUCAUCAUGGCUUGGAUCUACGGAACCUUAUCGGAGAACGCUCUUCGCACUGUAUACGGUCUCAACACUUCUCAGGAGGUCUGGCACUGUCUCGGUCAGAAGUACAACCGCGUUUCUGCUACAAGGAAGCUCGCUCUUCAGAGAAAGGUUCAAACUUUAUCAAAAGGAAACCGAACCAUGUCCGUCUAUCUCACUGAAAUCAAGACAUUGUGUGACCAACUUGACUCGAUUGGUGCUGCUAUUCCAGAAAGCGAGAAGAUUUUUGGUAUGCUUAAUGGUUUAGGAAAGGAAUAUGAGUCCAUUACUGCUGUUAUUGAAAACUCGAUGGACUCAUUUCCCGCACCAUCUCUUGAUGACGUCAUGUCCAAGCUUCUCUCCUUCGAUGAUAAGCUUCAGAACUAUGCUGCCGCCACUGAAGUCACUCCUCAUCAAGCAUUCUACACUAACCGCGGUGGAUACUCUGGUCGUGGUCAUGGUCAGUCUCGAGGAGGAUACAGAGGACGUGGAUACUCUACACAAGGAAGGGGCUUCUAUCAACAGUUUGGUCCUAGCAAUGGACGUGGCACACAACAGAAUACUACAGCUCCUACUUGUCAAAUCUGUGGAAAGUUUGGUCAUGCAGCCUACAAAUGUUACAGAAGGUUUGAUCAAGACUUUCAACCGAGUCAUCAUCCUCAAGCAAACACAGUUAUGCGAACAGUGGAAGAGUCAGACUACGCUGGCAAUGACUGGUAUCCUGAUACUGCUGCUACUCAUCACAUCACCAGUUCCACUCAGCAUCUUCAGACUGCUCAGCCGUACUCUGGUUCUGAUUCAGUGAUUGUUGGCAACGGUGACUUCUUUCCCAUCACGCACGUCGGCUCCAUUGCUAUUCCAUCGCUUUCAGGACAAACAGACACAGCAGCUUCUCAGUCAAGGCAGCAAGCGUAAAGGUCUGUAUCGGCUUGAGAAUCCACAGUUUCUUGCGUUCUACUCAUCAAGACAGCAGAGUACGAGUGAUGGGACUUGGCACAAGAGAUUGGGGCAUCCUCACCAUCAGAUACUUCAGCAUCUAUCAUCAAGCAAAGCUACUUCUAUAAAUAAAGUCUCUACGACUGUGUGUGAGUCUUGUCAGUUAGGAAAAGUCUGCAAACUUCC